UUGGACAAAAUAUGUCGGUUGGUCAGCCGGCGGUCCCCGGCAUGAAACCUUAUUUUUGAGUGCUUAUCAUUUAAUAUUUAAGCUUGGUUUCGUCAAUAAAUUUGUGAAUCUACUAUCUAAUAGUUAAACAUUUAACGUAUCGAAAAGACUGUAAAUAUGAGUGUUCUAUUUUUAAGAAUUUGAUGAAGUUGUGGUGUAAAAAACGUUCGGUGGUAAUAACCUCAAUGUUGCAAUUAUUGUUUGAUAGUUUUUUGUAAAUAUUUUGAGAACGUAUGUUAUUCUAAUACUUGUACUGGAUUUAUUGCGAGAAUUGCGAAUAUUUUCAUUUAUUUUCGUGUACUGUAAAGUGGUAUGACCCUUGCCAAAAUGGAGCCCAUGAAGAUUCAUCUCGAUGCUUUGGAAAUGGCAGGAAAAAUGGUGGACAAGCACAUUGUUGCAGAUAGCAAUUUUCCAUCAUUAAUUAAUCUCAUGCGAUAUAAUGCACAAGGUAGCCCAACUGUCAGUGGACUUGACGUUCACGACUACCCAAAUUUAAAUGGAGCAUCGCUAAGUUUAACUAACAUUAAUCAAAUGAGAACACACAGCAAAAUACCUUUACCAUCUGAAGUUAUGGAGCACUUUGGUCACAUGCAAUGUCAUUGUAUGAUGGGUUUAUUCACAGAUAUAUCCAAAGCAUGGCUUACAAUCGACAGUGAUAUUUAUGUAUGGUCUUAUGAAAAUGAGUCUGAUGUAGCAUAUUUUGAUGGGUUGAAUGAGACAAUCAUAAGCGUUGGUCUUGUAAAGCCAAAACCCGGUAUUUUUCAAAGCUAUGUAAAGUACUUACUUGUCUUGACAACUACAGUUGAGAUAACUGUUCUUGGUGUAACUUUAAAUGAUAAUGAAGAUGGAACACAAGGAGAAAUGCAAUUGGUACCAGAGCCUAUUUUCACAGUAACAACCGAUGGAAUUGCUAUUACAACCAUUGCAAAUACAAGUAGUGGAAGAAUUUUCCUAGGAGGUAGAAAUGGUUCUUUAUACGAAAUAUAUUAUCAGGCAGAGAGCAGUUGGUUCGGAAAGCGCUGCAAAAAAGUAAAUCACUCAGAGGGUCCGUUUUCUUUCCUGGUUCCUUCUUUUGUCACAGUGGCUCUCUCGGAGGAGGAAGCCAUAGUACACAUCUCUGUAGACGACUCACGCAACAUCCUCUACACUCUUGGUGAUAAAGGCACGAUCAGCGUCUGGGACAUUGAUAAUGGUGCCGCCUCAAAAGUCACCUCAAUGUCUCAAGCCUCACUGGUUCAAAACUCGGUGCACGUAGUCAAAACUCUAGACAGCAAUAACUUCCGACCACUCGUCAGUAUCUCAGCCAUUAACGAAAGCGAAUCGAUGCACUUGAACUUGGUGGCGGUCGCGGCUACAGGCACGAGAUUUUACUUUAGCUGUACCUCUGUUUCGAAUCCCAUGGGUAGACCCCAGUGCUUACAGCUAAUACACGUAAGGUUGCCGCCUGGUUACGCCGCCAAUGCGCCAGUUAUGAGGCCAAGGAAAGUACAGAUGGCUCAUUACAGAAAGGGAACCCUAAUUCUUAUAUGUGGUGGCGAUACCGAGAGCGCCUGGUGCCUGAGCAACGAUGCUUAUCCUUUCUCAAAUUAUCUCGCCGAGACUCAGAGCAUCUUACCUCUGGACAGCCCUGUGUGGGCGUUAGCCGAAAUUCCAGGAGAAUCUGCUAUUCAAAUUGAAAAGCAGUGUGGAACCCAGGGCGAUCCUCCACUUCUCGUUCGCCAGCACAUGGAACCACCUCGCAAAUUCAUCUUCCUUACUGCCCAAGGUGCCAUAGUUCUUAUUCAAGUGCGUCCCGUCGAUAUUCUUCGACAACUUCUUCUCGAGCAGCGAGGUCCAGACACCGAGGCUGUGAGAGCUUAUUUCCAGACGCAAUCGCCCGAGCAAGCCUGUGCCACCUGUCUCAUUCUUGCUACGCUAGAAAGUUCUCAAAAUGCACAAUUAUCUGAGUGGGCCACAAGAGCUUUCUUCUUGUAUGGAGGGCAAAGAAUUGCACCUGUUCAAUCAACAGAGCCACACACUCCAUUUCCAAGUGUCACUGCAGCAGAUUUGCGCACGUCAACACCCAGAAUGCCAGGUAUGGACAUGCGCUCGCAUCUGUUGCGCACGCCAAUGCAGCAGCUACCCCAGCAAAGUGGGCCAAACGCUGAUACAGCCCUGCAGCAAUUUUCGGCAAAACAUGGUGGCCUCUAUCUCUACAUAGGUAGGAUACUGCGACCGAUCUGGAAUCUCCGUUGCAUCAAGCAGGAGAGUGUCAAUGGCAAGUGCCAAAUUCACAGCACUGUUAACGCUACUCAGAUUGGCUGGAUAUUAGGUCAUUUGCAAGCGCUUCGUUCAUUCUUAAACAAAAAUACUCAUAUUUCCAAGCCGCACAGCACAGUGAGGAGUAUCACGGAUGGCUGUGAUAGCACAAUUGCUACUACUUUUCAAGAACCCAUUGUGGAAGAAAGAAACUCGCUUGAUGCUCUCAAAAUUUUUAUUACUCACGCAUGCGAAAUUCUUGGAUUAUGGAAAAUUCUUUGUGAAAAUCAGUUGCAUAAUAUUGUUAGCUGCUUAUCGAAAGAUCAAGUCAAUCAAUUUUCUACUGCCACUUUCAGAGAUCUUAUAUUAAUUGGUCAUGAAAUUUCUUCUCUUUUGAUAAUUCACCUAAUUGAUAGCUAUCUUGGUGAUAAUGCGUCCGUUGAUUCUGUCAGUGCAAAACUUCGGGAAAUAUGCCCUAAUCUUUAUCGUAGCGAAGACGCCGUCUGCUCAAAAGCUAAUGAAAUAAUACUGAAAGCCAAAAGUUGCACAAAUCCAGAAGAGAAAGAAACGUAUCUUCAAUCAGCUUUAAAGCUUUGUAAAGAAGUUGCUCCAAGAUUAAACAUCGGAGCAGUGUGUCAACAGUUUGUAGCUUGUCAUUUUUACCAAGGAGUAUUAGAACUAUGUCUGACUUGUGCAGAAAAAAUUGAUCCUAAUAAUGCUGCACUGCAUUAUUAUAAAAGUAACGAACCCAUAGAAGAUCAAGAAGGAAAUUUCGCUUAUUUGAAAAGAUUAGAAAUUUAUAAAGAAUUCACUGCCAUGCUUGAUUAUCUUUACAAUCAGAGUAUAUCGAAUUCAAUGGCUGUAGUUGCUUCAGCAAAAGAAAUGUUACAUGAAAUCAUAGAGGAAGCACUGCACUCUCCAUGUGAAACUUUACACACUGCUGUUUAUGCCUGGAUGAUAGAAAAGGGUCUUCAUGGUGAAUUAGUUGCUCUUGCAACACCGUCUCUUGAAGCUUAUCUUAUUCGCGUAAAUGCUCCAGAGUUGCUGUGGCAAUUUUAUGAAAGAAACAAGAAUCAUGCAGCUGCUGCCAAAAUUUUGUAUGCCCUUGCAACGAAAGUUGGCACUGAUGCUACCUUAGCGCAACGAGUUGAAUAUUUGGCAAGAGCUGUAGUUUGCAUGCGAAGUGAUGAAGCUGGUUAUGCACCCCAUCUUGGAGUAUUUUUAAGAGAACUAGAAGACAAAGUGGAAGUCGCUCGUAUACAGCAACAGAUUUUAGACACUAUUUACAAUCAACAAGUUCUUUUUGAUCCAAUGACUGUCCGAGAUGCAAAAUUGAGAUUAAACUCAGCUUUGCUUGACAUAACUCAGCUUUAUGAAGAAUAUGCAGAGCCAUUGCAAUUAUGGGAAUGUAAAUUGGCAAUCAUUCAUUGUUCUGGACAUCAAGACGUGAUGUUGAUUCAAGGCAUUUGGAAAAAUAUCAUUGAAUCUGAGUUGAAAAAUACUUCGUCUGCAUCUGCCGAAGAUCAACUAGCUAUUGUUACAAGUAAAAUAAAAUUACUAGGUCAAGAAUACUGUGGAACACCACAUUGUUUUCCAGUUGAUUUUCUAAUAAAGGAACUAGAAGUGCGAGCUUGCAGAUUGAAAAUCUCAAAUAAUCACAUCAUUACAUGUUUUUUACAACUUGGAAUACCAAUGGAAGAGCUUCUGGAUCACUAUGACAAAAUGAUUGGAGGAAAUAAUCGCACAUGGCUUAACGAAGGAAAUGAAUUCCAUUUGAUUGAAUCGACGACGAAUUUAGUUAAUUACUUCAUCACAAAUUCUAACAUUACUAAUGCUUUCAUAAGGAGGAAAAUAAUAACAAGGUGUCAAGACGUGAUUUCCAAAUGCUUGACAACGUUAUUCAGCAAACCAAAUGGUGGUGAACUCAUAUCUAAGCUUCGGUCCAUUCAAAGUGUCUUAAAUCGUUUGUAAUAUAUUUAACUACAAUUGAAGUCUGGUGAAAAGAGUUGAGCUGCCAGGUGACAAUAUGAUUGUCAAAAAAGAUAUGUACAAAUCUAAUGAGAAUCAGUUAAAUCAAUGCUAUAUGUAAUGAAUCAAUAUUCUGUUAGCUAUCAUAAGACUUUUCUCUAUUUUAAAAAGUGUGAAAUGUAGCUCUAUAGAACCAAGGUACGCUUCAUAUUUUUAAUAAAAAAACAAAAUUCUUGCUUAAAUAAACUAUUUUCUACGAAUGGAAUGCCAAGAUAAACUUUAUAGUUUAAUUAUGUAAAUGAAAAUAAAUAUUGUUUAUGAUUUGUAUUAAUAAAUGUUUAUAUAAA